GUCAGUUUCUGUUCCGUCGUCCGGCAAAACGCAUUGGAAAAGAACCGGUGUUUUCCGUAGCAAAAAUCAAAUCAUUCUUCUGGCGAAAGUUAUAAUAAUUUAGGCAAUCUUCUUGUGCGGUUCCCCAGUGCCGACGACAUUGUUGUCCGCCGGGAAAAUGGUGACCCGAAAGCUGUGGAUGGCGUUAGCCGUGGUUGCAGUUUGCUUGCUCCACGAAGCGAAAGGAGUCGACCGGAACAACUUCAAGACCUGCGAACAAAGCAGUUUUUGUCGCCGGCUCCGUUUGUCCGAACCAGAAACGAGCAAAUUUGUGGUUCUUCCGGAAACGUUGCAAACCUACAAACAGUACAUCCUGUUGGACCUCCAGCACUCAGAGACGAAGCAUCUGUAUGUUCUGAAGCUGGGCGCCGUGAAAGGUGGAAUUUUCCACUUCCAGAUAAACGAGAAGAGCCCCCUCAGCGAGAGGUAUCGCGUUGUGGAUGCACUGGCCAAAGAGCCGGAAUACGUCGGGGUAAAGGUGGAAACCGGUUCCGCUUCCACCAUCGUCGUGACCGCUGAAGGAGGAACCAGCAAGGCGGUGGUGCAGCUUGCACCUUUCAAGAUCGAUUUCCUGAAUGGAGAAAAGGUGGUCGUUUCGGCCAACUCGAUGGGAAUGAUGCGGUUCGAGCAUCUGCGCAGGAAGGAAACGGCUCAGCCAGCACCGGUUGAGAACGAACAGGAAGGGCAGGAGAAUGAAGUUCAGGAAGUGAAAGAAGAUCCCGGUGCAUGGGAGGAAAACUUCAAGAGCCAUCAUGACUCGAAACCGAACGGUCCAGAAGGACUCUCCAUGGAUUUCAGCUUCCCGCAAGGAAAGGUUCUGUUUGGUAUUCCUGAGCAUGCAGAUUCAUUCAUUCUGAAGCACACCGCCGGUGGAAAGAGCGAUCCUUACCGUUUGUACAACUUGGACGUGUUCGAGUAUGAGCUUGACAACGGUAUGGCCCUGUACGGAGCCGUACCUGUCAUCUACGGAGCAGGCCCCAGCACUACAGCGGGCGUUUACUGGCAGAAUGCCGCGGAGACUUGGGUUGAUAUUUUCUCUCCCGAACAGGAAAAGAACGUAAUGUCUUCUAUUGUGAAUUUUGUUUCACGAUCGAACCAAGAAGAGGCGCCAGCGGCCAAUUUCAUCUCAGAGAGCGGCAUAGUCGACGCAUUCGUGCUUGUGGGUCCCACUCCGCUGGAUGCUUUCCGACAGUACACGGAUCUAACGGGAAAAGCUCCUCUGCCGCAAAUGUAUGCCAUUGCCUAUCAUCAGUGCCGUUGGAACUAUAAUGACGAACAGGAUGUCACCACAGUCUCGGCCAAGUUUGAUGAACAUGACAUCCCAAUGGACACCAUGUGGUUGGACAUUGAGUACACCGAUGGCAAGAAAUACUUCACUUGGGAUCAUCACAAAUUCCCACACCCGCUGGAAAUGAUCCGCAAUCUAACCGAACGCGGUCGUCAUCUUACGAUCAUCAUCGAUCCUCACAUCAAGCGAGAUGGCGGAUAUUUCUUCCACAAUGAUUGCACUGAUAGGGGUUACUACGUGAAGAACAAGGACGAAAAGGAUUACGAGGGAUGGUGCUGGCCUGGCGCUGCUAGUUAUGCCGAUUUCUUCAAUCCCGAAGUGCGAAAGUACUACGCCGAUCAGUAUCUGUUGGAGAAUUUCAAGGAAUCGACAGCCGAAGUGGGCAUUUGGAACGACAUGAACGAACCAUCGGUGUUCAAUGGGCCGGAAGUGACCAUGCUGAAGGACAACAUUCAUCACGGCGGAUGGGAGCAUCGCGAUGUGCAUAACCUGUACGGUCAUAUGCACAUCAUGGCCACUUACGAUGGACUGAUUCGACGGGCUGAAGGAACCCUGCGUCCGUUCAUCCUGACUCGUUCGCACUUCGCCGGCAGUCAACGUUACGCAGCCGUAUGGACAGGAGAUAACAUGGCCGAAUGGGGUCACCUGCAGGCUUCGAUCAAAAUGUGUCUCUCGCUCGCGGUUUCCGGUAUCAGUUUCUGCGGUGCCGACGUCGGUGGAUUCUUUGGAAAUCCGGAUUCUGAGUUGUUCUAUCGCUGGUACCAAACUGGAGCUUUCCAGCCCUUCUUCCGCUCGCAUGCUCACAUCGAUACGAAGCGUCGUGAACCUUGGCUGUUCCCAGAAGAUGUCAAACUGAUCAUUCGUGAUGCCAUUCGAAAGCGGUACCGACUGUUGCCCCUUUGGUACACGAUGUUCUACGAGCAUGAACGAUCUGGAUUGCCGAUUAUGCGUCCCAUGUUGGCCCACUACCCUACCGACACGAAAUGCUAUGAUCUUGAUAGCCAAUUCAUGCUUUCGGACAAACUGUUAGUUGCUCCAGUGCUCAAAGCUGGCCAAAAUAAGGUUGACGUCUAUUUCCCGGCCAAAGAGAAUGGCGAGGGUGAUUUAUGGUAUGAUCUGGACAAUAACCGUAAAUACUCAUCUACCGGUUAUGAGUCUAUUUCGGUAGACAACUACAAGGUUCCAGUGUUCCAACGUGGUGGAUCCGUUGUUCCCCGCAAGGAUCGUAUAAGACGCGCAGCAACUCUAAUGAAGGACGAUCCAUACACUUUAGUUGUUGCACUGGACAAAAAUGCUGCGGCCAAGGGUACUCUUUACAUUGACGAUGAAACCAGCUUCGAGUAUCGUUCCGGAAAAUAUCUAUAUCUGGAGUUUGAGUUCAAGGACAGCGUUCUAAGUAGCAAGAAAAUCGAUACCACAGCCAGCUAUCCGACGAAGAGUUGGUUGGAACGCGUGAUUCUUGUUGGUUUGACCAAGACGCCAAAAUCUGCAACACUUCACUUAUCCAAUGGAGAAUCCUCGACACUGGAAGUGUAUUUGGAAGGCGGAGCAGCUGUUGUUCGUAAACCGGGCGUAUCAAUGCUGGACAGUUGGUCGAUCAAGCUGAACUACUAAACGUCUUCUAAAAAGGAAGCAUUUUAAUGUUUAUAACAAGAAUACGAGGAGAAUGAAAUUUGAUCGACUGAUCCUAUCGUGGAUAUUUUAAAUUCAUUCGAUGCAAUUAAUUUUGCUACGAUCCACGUAAAAAAACAACCUACUUAGUGAGUUGCUUAGUUUAGCACAGUUUUCAUCCUGAAAUUAGAUAAUGGUAGAAUAAGCAUCAUUUCAAAAUCACACGAAAAGUUCUGCAAAAUGCGGCUAAAUAUAAUGGUUCAUAAACCUA